GACUAUAAAAAGGCAGUUGCACAGUAAGUAAUUUAUACAUGGUCAGCCUUGACUCUAUGGAUAUACUCAUUCCUUUUGUUCUAUAAUGUCAUCUGUUCCCACCAAGGAGUCCCCUGCCCCAGAUGUUGGGUGAGGAGGGAACGAAACUUCUGCUCUCUGGAGGGAAGAUUGUGGGUGAUGAAGAGGAAGACUAGCUGAAGGAGCAGCGCUGGUAAAUAGGGUCUUUUGACUUUUGGAAAAUGCAUUUACCACACUCCUUGGCAAGUCCCUCAGAGAGAACAGAACGUGUUUGCUUCCAGAGAUGAACACGUCCUCUCAACUGUAUGUUUCUGAACUAAACCUGAGUGCCUUUGGCAGCAACUUUACUGUGCCUACUGUCAAGAGCAAGUCAUCACCAUGUGAGCAAGUGGUCAUUGCAGCUGAGGUGUUCCUCACUCUGGGCAUUGUAAGCCUCCUUGAAAAUAUCUUAGUGAUAUGUGCAAUAGUUAAGAACAAGAACUUGCAUUCACCCAUGUAUUUUUUUGUUUGCAGUUUAGCAGUGGCUGAUAUGCUGGUUAGUGUGUCUAAUGCGUGGGAGACUAUAACAAUAUACUUAAUAAACAAUAGGCAUAUUAUUAUGGAAGAUACCUUUGUCCGUCAUAUAGACAAUGUCUUUGAUUCAAUGAUCUGCAUAUCUGUAGUGGCUUCCAUGUGCAGUUUGCUGGCUAUAGCAAUAGACAGAUAUAUCACCAUCUUCUAUGCCCUGCGUUACCACAACAUCAUGACAGUGAAAAGGUCAGGGCUUAUCAUUGCAUGCAUCUGGACCUUUUGCACGGGCUGUGGCAUUAUCUUCAUUCUUUAUUAUGAAUCAACUUAUGUUAUAAUUUGUCUCAUCACUAUGUUUUUUACCAUGUUGUUCCUCAUGGUUUCACUGUAUAUCCAUAUGUUCCUCCUGGCUCGUACUCAUGUGAAGAAAAUAGCUGCUUUGCCUGGGUACAACUCUGUCCAUCAAAGAACCAGUAUGAAGGGAGCCAUCACUCUGACUAUGCUUCUUGGCAUCUUCAUCGUUUGCUGGGCUCCAUUCUUCCUCCAUCUCAUCCUGAUGAUCUCCUGCCCUCAAAACCUCUACUGUGUUUGCUUCAUGUCUCACUUCAACAUGUACCUCAUUCUCAUUAUGUGCAACUCAGUGAUUGAUCCCUUGAUCUAUGCCUUUCGUAGCCAGGAAAUGAGGAAGACCUUCAAAGAGAUCAUUUGUUGCUAUAGCCUGAGAAUGGCAUGUAGAUUAUCAAACAAAUAUUAGCAAAACAAAACCAAACCAGGGAAGAGUACUGAAUUGCAACAUCGUGCUGCACCUUGUUAUUCUGCUAAAAGGCCUAUGGAAUAUCUUCCUCUAUUCAGCUGUAAUGAUUUCUGUGGCAAUCAGAAUUAUUAUUUUUUUAAAAUGUGAUUUGACCUUUCUUGCCCUCCACGCACCUCUGGCACUGGUGGUAGGAGCUACUCUGUGCAUCUACAUCAAGGGGAGAAAGAAUAUUUUGAACCUCAUUUACCCUACAGAAGACUCUGGAUCUUAUAAGAGGAUUGCACAGGGAAAGCCUUAUUUUUCUUUUUACCAAAUGUGGCAAAUGUGACUUGCCAUGUAAAUGAGCCCAUCAGCUUCUCAGUAUGUGUUUCUCUCAAUAUUCUUUGUCUCUCUACAUACAGCAUGACUUAUUUGAUGACCAGAAUUAACACUUUUUAAUUUUUUAUGGGGGAUAUUUUCUUCUAAAGGCAUAAAAUCAGAGAAGUAGCUCCAAUUAUCAAGGAUCACAUACCUCACUCAACACAGUUAUGAUCAAUAAAUAUGCACGUAUCAGCAAUCUUAUAUUGUAGUCAUGACUGUUACUGUCAUAAAAUGUGUAUCAUGUAAGAGGAAAUUGUUCCCACAAGAUUUCCCAGGAUGCGCACAGUGUUGUCAUAUCUGACUCUAUGUGUUCUUAUCACUGUGUCUGUGGGAAGAUGUACCAUAGCCUGAUUUUAAACCUGAAUAUGAAGACUGAUUCUAGUUUGUUUUGCUCAUUCACCAGGGCUGGGAAAGUAAAGGGCACACAGCCUCUAACUUGAAAUAUAAUGCUUUUGUUGAGAAAGAAUGACAGAACGAGUGGCUGCCUUUGUAUAGACAUUAGAAAAGCAUUUCAGCUUGGAGUAGCUUUUGUUAUUGGAGGAAGCUGUGCUGUAGAUUGCAUUUUUCAAGCUGGGAGAGACAUAUCAAGUCUGAUGAUCAGGAGGGUAGCAGGCAUUGGCAAAACACGGUUCUCAAAAACCCAGGCACGUGUAGCUAUAAUAUGGAGUACUAACUUUUGCUCUCCAGGCAAACUGUUUUUGUCUUUGCUGAAAUGAUUCAGAGGUGAAGCCCCUCAUGCAUUGUGUGUGAGCAGUUCACAUCUCGUCAUGCUCUCAUAAGCAUGCUGUUCUGCAACAGCUCUGUGAUGUGCAAAGUAUUGGAUUUGUCACAGAUGAAGGAAGUGUGACUGUGGUAUUGAUUUCUUAAUGCCAAUGGAUACAUAUCCUGCACUGAGAUAUGUACUAGGAAAAUAUUUCAAGCAGUGAUAUACAAUCCUGACUAGAUAUAACAAAACAGCUUUAAAAAAAUGAAUUAUUUCUUUCAGAAAGUUGAAAGAAUAAUCCUUAUUAUACUUGAUCUAGGGGUGCUCUAAAAGUGUCUUUGUCAAUAGAAAGACUAUGAUUGACUCAGUGGACCUUAGAUUAUCCUUCUAAGGUAGAAAAUUCUCAUUAGGCGUUAUGAACAUCUUUUUUACCAUAAGGGUUGUCAAACAUGAGAAUGGGUACCCAAUGGUUGCAUAAUAUCCAUCCUUGGAGAUACUCAGAACUUUACUGGACACAGCUCUGAGCAACCCGCUCUAACUCUAACUUUGACCUUGGCCCUGCUUUGAAUUAUUUCGUUCAGAUGACCUUCCCUGGCUCCUUCUGAUCUGAGAUAUUUUGUGGUUCUAUGAAACAGCUUGUGUAUUAUGAUUAUUUAUUAUUAUUAUUUUUUUCUCUCCCAACUUAAUCUCCUGUGUAAGAACUUUGAAAUAUUCUCCUCACAUAUUUAAAAAGGUAACAUACUCUAUGUCUUCAUUUGCUUUGGAGGUCUCUGGCAGGAUAAGUAGGGCACCUCUUUACCACCACAGUUGUACAUUUUGUCUGCUGCAGCUUGAAAUAUAUACUGCCUACAGCUUGCACAUAUCUCCCUCUGAAAUGAGUGGGAAUAUUAUUCUCAGUGGAGACGCUUUAUGUUGACUGUCAAUAUAAUGGUUAUAUCAGUGCACUUGGUGCUGGAUUCUUCCUUCAGUUUUAUAUAAAAAUGGGAUUUCAGAGGUACGUUUGUUGUUGGUAGUAAGAAUCUUGCCUUGCUUCAGUCCACCUCUUAACCUUAUCCAUAAAUGGGACUUGGAAAUGGUCUCCUGCUACUAUGAAUGUAAAUAUCAAAAAUGAGACAAUUCAACCGCAUAGCAAAAGGGACCAGCUGACAUUGUAAAUAAAUCAUUAAAUCUUCACUGGUUAUUACAAAUAAGACAUUCUUGUACAUAACUGUAAAUCAAGAAAUAGGAAGCCAAAACUGUAAUGGCUUUGGGUAUUUUCUUGAACUGUAUAUUACCUUUUUUUUUUUUUUUUUUUUUUUUUGUCUUGGAAAUUUAUUUGAUGUAAAAACUCAGACAUAUGAAGAAAUUAUUAAACUGGAUUGUUGGAAAAC